AUGGAAGUCUGCGUAGAUGACAUGUUGGUAAAGACCAAGGAGGAGACCGACCUCUUGAGGGAUCUCUGGCAAGUCUUUAACAUCAUAAGGUUGCAUGGGAUGAGGCUUAACCCCGCAAAAUGCACAUUCGCGGUAGAGGCUGGAAAAUUUCUGGGAUUUAUGCUGACACAAAGAGGGAUCGAAGUGAACCCCGACAAGUGGAAAGCCAUUCUAGAAAUAAAAAGUCAGACUUGUCUAAGAGAGGUCCAACAACUAAACGGCCGACUUGCCGCCCUCUCUAGAUUCUUGGCGGGAUCAGCAUUGAGAUCCCUUCCACUGUUCUCUCUACUAAGGAAAGGAUGCCAGUUCGAAUGGACUUCAAAGUGCGAAGAAGCAUUCCAGGAGUUCAAAAGGUUCUUAAGUCAACCUCCAAUUCUGACCCGACCAAUAGUUGGGGAAGAGCUCGUCUUGUAUUUGUCCAUAGCAGACAAAGCUGUAGCAUCAGCUCUAAUACGGGAAGAUGAGGUCGGGCAGCAUCCUAUAUAUUUCACCAGCAAAGUCCUACAAGGUCCUGAGCUAAGGUACCAAAAACUGGAGAAGUUUGCGUACUCCUUAGUAGUAGCCUCACGCAGGCUACAGCCUUACUUUCAAGCUCACACCAUAAAGGUUCGAACGAACCAACCCAUGAAGCAAAUCCUUCAAAAGAUGGAUAUUGUGGGUAGAAUGGUUCAAUGGGCAAUAGAGCUCUCUGAGUUCGACCUAAAGUAUGAAACUCGGAUAGCUAUAAAGGCCCAAUGCCUCACCGACUUCAUAGCAGAAUAUGUAGGAGACCCAGAGGAAGAUGCCACUACAUGGGAGCUAUAUGUAGAUGGAUCCUCGAACAAGAUAGGAAGUGAUGCAGGACUAAAGCUGGCGGAAGAAGUCGGUGCGACAAAAGUAGUGAUAUUCAGCGACUCUCAAGUGGUGACCUCCCAAAUAAAUAGGGAGUAUCAAGCCAAAGACCCCAAUAUGAAAAGGUACUUAGACAAAACCUUGGAGCAUCUUAGGCGCUUUGAAGAAACCGAGAUUAAGCAUAUAACUCGGAACCUCAACAGCAGGGCAGACGCCCUCUCCAAGCUUGCAAGUACCAAACCAGGAGGGAACAACAGAAGCCUGAUCCAAAAAACACUCCCAGAACCCUCUGUGGCCAAAACAGAGGUCGCUCAAGAUGUCCUUGAAGUCACCGGACCAGACCUCGGAUGGAUGAAGCCUUUAGUCGAAUAUCUAAAAUCUGACAUCCUCCCUAAAGAGGAAAAAGAGGCCAAGAAGAUCCGGAGAAAAGUACAAAACUACACUCUGGUGAAAAAUAUCCUCUAUAAAAAGGGAAUAUCAACACCACUGCUAAAGUGUGUUCCGACCUCAAGGACAACCGAAGUAUUAGAAGAGGUUCAUAAUGGAGCCAGGUAUGGAGUACCUCACUCCAUCACCACUGAUAAUGGAACUCAGUUCACCGACUCAACCUUCAAAAACCUAGUGGCCAGUAUGAAGAUAAAAUAUCAGUUUAUGUCGGUGGAACAUCCACAAGCAAAUGGACAAGUCGAGACAGCAAAUAAGGUCAUACCGGCAGGACUGAAGAAAAGGUUGCAGGAUGCAAAGGGAGUCUGGGCCGAGGAGCUCCCACAAGUGCUUUGGGCUUAUCAGACUACAUCUCAAUUUGCCACAGGGGAAACACCCUUCCGACCUGCUUACGGCAUGGAAGCCAUGAUACCCGUAGAAAUCAACGAGCAAAGUCCAAGGGUGAGCUUCUACGAUGAGGUCGGAAAUGUACAAGAGCACAAAGAAGAACUUGAGCUACUCCCUGAAGUUCGAGAACAAGCCCAGAUAAGAGAGGCAGCGUUGAAACAAAGGAUGACAGACAGAUAUAACAAAAAGGUCAUUCGAAGAAGCUCCACCCCAGAGGACCUGGUCUUGACCAGAAAUGACAUAGGAGUCAACAAAUUUGGGGAUGGAAAGCUCGCUGCCAAUUGGAAAGGUCCAUACAAAAUUAGAGAGGUCUUAGAAAAAGGCUACUACAAAGUGGCCGACUUAAACGGCACCGAGCUACCUAGGUAG